AUGAAGGGUAUGCGCAAGGUUACGGCCAUCUGGUAUGAGAGUCUAGAAGCAUCCACGAAUAAGCAAGCAAAGGGAUCGCGCGCUAGCCCAGGACAGCGAAAGGCAGCACAAGCGCCAUCCGCACGUAAGGGGCGUCAGGCCGUUCCCCGCGCCGCCUCGGAGAUUCGGACUGCACCAAUCAACCACAACCUCCCACCACGGACCGAGUCCAGCGGCACCUGCGAAGCGACAGUGGGGCCCGAUGAGCUAGGCGACGCUCUUAUCUCGAAAAUUCAGGCAAUUGUCCGUGAGAAGCCCCAGCUCAGCCUCGAUGGACAUUUCAAGCUGGCCGUGACCGAAGAGGUUAUCGCAACCGUCAAUCGGAAAUGUAUAGGUGGUCUUCGUAUCCCACGAAUGCGUCCUGGGAACGAGGAAUCCAGAUGGGAUACUGCUAUGUUCCGUUAUGAGAAGCUAAAGGGGGGAGAGCUUUUUGAUAGGGCACUGGUGUCCGACAUGCGGCGGGCUUACCUGCAUCCUGAUCCUGAUGGAGAUUGGUUCAACAUGCCUCGCGGCGACUUUGAGGCAGAGUGCGCCUUGGAGGACCCUACAAAUUUGCUCGAAUCUGCUGCAACUUCGUCUGAUCACAACGAACCAUUUCCCUAUGUAAUCACCCCUGCGGAAGAGCCGGCUGAUCGCGAAGUGCUAUGCCUUCCACCAAAACCAUUCCUUGGGUGUGGCAGCCGCCUUCGCCUGCUACCGAAGCCUAUUGAGGGCGUCACUGGGUCGUAUGCGUACUUGAGUGCAAAGCGUGGCUCUCCCGCCACUCUGCACAUUGAAGAUGGGCUUCUAGGGUCCAUAAAUCUGGUUGUUGCUGGGCAUCCCAAGAUAUGGCUUAUGGUAGCAGCUAGUGAUCGAGAGAAGCUGGAGACUGCUGUUCAAAACGCCUUCCGGAAAACCACGGCUUGUAGCCAAUUUGUUCGUCACAAGAACUUGGUACUCUCGCCGUCUCUGCUCGACCGAUGGGGUAUUAGUUACCAGGUUGUCGAGUGCCGCGCAGGUGAGCUGGUCGUGACCUUACCGGGCGCAUAUCAUCAGGUUGUCAACCAGGGGCCGAACAUAGCUGAAGCUGUCAACUUUGCCCUCGAAGACAAUUGGACCAGUCCUCCGUCAGAUUACGUAUAUUGCAGCGAGCAGGAUUGCAAGGACGAUUACCAAGGCAUUAAUCAAAUGAGCCUUAGUAUCUCCACCACAACGCACGGCGACGCCUCUAGGUAA